AUGAAAUUUAUGGGAAAGCAGAAUCAGGACUAUCUGGAUAGUGAUGUUUAAGAGGAAAUAGUUCAAGCACUCUAGUAAACUGAUAAUGAUGCUAAAUAGGAGGCAUAAUUUGAGAGAUUAAAAGAUAAAUUGAUGAUUAAACAGCAUUUAGGAGGGAAGGAGAAGUUUACAGUAAAAGAUCAGCUAAGAGAUUUAUUGAUGAAUAAGUGCAAGAAGCAUAAAGUCCUAGAAAACGUCAAUGUUAACAAACUACGGGAAAAUGAAUACUGA